CCGACGCGUCGCUUCGGAUGAAGGACUGCGCCUCGUAUUGGUCUUGUAUCCUCUUCAAGAACGGCCAGGCUUACCCAUUCCUCCACAUUCACUGGUAUCUAUCGCACGUGAGUCUGGAGGCUCCGUUUUCACUGUUAUGGACGAAGGUGUCGGCACUGACUCAAAGGUUAACAUGCUCGUGUCUCUCAUGGAGGCUCUCAGAUCUGCAGUGCGCGCUGGUGGAGCUGAAACUCCUAUCUUGGUUCACUCGGCUUCGUAUCCUGGAGGAGUUACACCUCAUAGCACCGGAACGUUCUCACUUGAUACAUCUUUGGCAGCACAUGCCCGCUUUGCCGUAUAUUACUAUGACCUGAACCAUGUAGGAAAUGCCAUCCACCUCACUGCCCCUUCUGGCACCACGUUCGCGUCCGUCAACAUGCAAGAAGAGGACGGCGACGUCAAUAUGAUAUUCGUCAACCUCCACAAUGCCGAGAAGGGCGUAUGGCGCUACAAAGUGGAGAACCGUGCAGACUCUCACCAGGGUCUGCACAUUCAAGUCACCGCGCAGCCCAGCACUUCUAAUGACGUCACCGUCAAGGUCUGGACGAGUCAAAGUGACGAUGAAGACCAGCAGACCGAGACCCAGCAGCCCAUCGUCAUGUACGGUGAAGUUAAGGUGGGCGGAAUAUCGGUGCUGAACGCAGGUGUAAUGGCUACGCUGCAGCGGCUGGGCACCAACGCUACGGGCGGCACCUACCCACCGGUACACGUACCGCUGCUCGACCUGGGCACUGGAGACCCAGACAUAACUCGAGGCGACGGAAUUUACUCCCGCUAUGCCCCGCCUCUUGACGGACCUUCACGUUACGCUCUCACCCUCUCAGUGGACGCCAGUAAAGCGGUCUUAGCUUUAUCCCAUAACCACCAUGCCGGGUCCUCCACAUCCCAAUAUUCUGCCUACAGAAACACGGCGUCGUCUUCGACUUUUCCCAGUGAGCCCAGUCACGAGGGCACAACCACCUACCAAAGCACUGGAUCUUCGCAUGAUCCCUUGGAAGAUUUCCACGAAAGUCAACACGAAGAGAAGGACUCGGCUCUAGCCUCCAGGGAAUUAUUACGAGCAUCACAUUUCAAUCGAGAUUCUCAAGAACGUCUGCAAUCAUUUUCAUCUUCAGGACGAUUGGAUAGAGGGCCUGAAAACCAAGAACAUAUUAAUUUCAUACAUUCAACAGAUGUCCAAGGUUCUUUUGUUUCGUCUUUGCAUUCUAUUGAGAGUCACCUUGAAGAGUCGGUCGCUCCAUUUCAAGAAUCUGGGUCGCCUCAAUCUUCAAGUUUCCCUGCAUAUCCGUCCCCAAUUGGCAGAUCUCACUCGAAGUCAACGAACAACAUCAAACACAAAGACUUGGUCUCGAGCGAGGAACACUCAAGUGCAGGAUCUAACAGAUAUCGCGGCCGUUCUCACGCCAAAGUGAGAAGCGAAGCCGACAAAGCCAGGCAUCACAGGCGUAGGCGAGCAGGCCACGAGAAAGAGGUGAGCAUCAUUGUUAUCAAGGGAUCCGGUUUCUCAAGCGGUCUCGGCAGUGGGGGCGACGGAGGUGGAGAGCGGGUUGCUGUCAUCGCAGGUAGUGUGGGUGGAGUGUUGCUGGUCCUGCUACUGCUGGUCAGCUAUUGCUACUGCUUCCCUGCCGGCAUUGCAAAGCGAAACACAACUCGAAGACAGUACGGCAAUGAUCUUGGAGAUGAAAACCACAAAAAUGGAGGAAACGGUCAAAGGCCUUUGGUAAAUGGCGGGUCUCUACUGGUGACUUCAGCGUCAAGAGGCUCCGUAUUGCUUAACAUGGCCGAGGAAGUGUGCCGUAAUGACGGCUCGCCUUCACGUUUGAGGGAGGCAAAUUCUGGACGAGGCCACGCAAACAUCAUAGCAGACGAUGUGAAUUCCCCUGAGGGAAAUGAAGAAUUUCCGCGAGCCCUUGAACCUCAGUUACGUAAUGCCAAUGCUGAAGAUUCUGACACGCAGCGAACGCUUUCAAUGUCCAUCCCGGACGUGACUCGCGUUGAACCGCAAGUGGGCACUUCAGUUGCUCCCGACCCCUCGCAGCCGCAAUUUUUCACCCUUGGUCGCAAUGCGGCGCGUAAUCACAGCAACUCGUCUUCGACGAGCUCCCGGCACUCCUUCCACGAUCGAUCGACGCCGAGUGGUGGAGCAAAUCAACUCGAUCUCCAGGAUAUACAGCAGCGAACUGGUGGGGUUAUAAACCGAUACAACAACUCCACUCAGAAUCAUUUCCAGCAAAUGCAGGGUCAGCCACUCGAUCAACAGAAAUAUCACAAGCCACAACCAAUGCAGUCUCCGUACGACCCUCGCCGAGGGAGCGGAGGCAGCAACCCAUACGCGGCGUUAGGUAACUCCUACCGCACGCCCCAUGAAGACAGCGACGCCGGAAGUCUCUGCAGAGAAGGCGGCUCCAUAGGCGGUGACAGCUUCAAUGAAAGUCUUUUGUGUGACGACCGCAAUCAUUCGCCUCCGCCACCGGCUCCUUCGGGACCUCCAGUGGACUCGACUGGAGCGCGAACGUCUCCGUAUACUCCGCUGAACCGCAGGAGUCUGGCGAUGUUAUAAGCUUCAGUCAAAAUGCUUAGAAUUAAUUUCAUCAUUCACGAAGCUUCAUCAAAACAGCCAUGAAAUUUCACUCAAUUGAACAGCAAAAGAUGCGUCAUGCCCUGAAGCAAGUUGUGAACAUAUUGUUAGGAGUUCUAAGUUACUGUCUGACUGUAUAUAAAAUGAUCACUUUAUCAAUAGCUAGAAAAACAACAGUAGCUGAAAGUGGCAUAAAAUGUGUAUGUUGUACAGUGUAUCUUAAUUAGGUGUUAAUAAUAUUUUGUCUUUCUUGUUGUAACGUAACUGGGAUCUCUCCACAAAAGACAUCACCAAUAAUUGUUUAGGAACACAAGACGACGAGUAGAGUUGAUUUGAACUUAAUCUAAAGUUUACAAAUUUAUCAACAAGUUUGUCUCCUCGCAGAUUGCUGCAUCUGCAUUAGAAAUCAACUAGAAUUUCAAGUUAAGUUGCUUCUUAUUGCAAAAGUUGAUGCUUAAAAUCCAGAACUUAUAGGGGAACGGAAUUUUUAUCCAGAGUUAUGGCUGUUUCAAUCCAACUUGAGUCUGCGAGAAAGUAGGUUGAAUAAUGUUAAUCAUUCUCUAUGUAAACUUAAUGCAGUGCAAUAAAUUGUGUAUUGUUUGGGAUGUUUGUUUAAAAACUAUUUUGAGUGUGAGGUUUUGAAGCUUCUUUACUAACUCUGUUCUUAUAUUCUGCGAAAAAAAAUUGGUUCCUGGCCAUGAGUUUAUUAAAAAUACUUGGAACAAAAUAUGAUAUCAAAACCGUGACUUUCAUCAACUUUCAUCUGUUUCAACUUUUGAGAUAAAUAAAUUCAUGUUCGCUCGAAGUCGUUUAGUGGUGGCCUAGCUGCAUUACUGGUCGCCCAUGAGUAUCUAAUAAAUUCAUUGCUUUAUUUGAUGUCAAAAUUUGAUUUUUGUUGGCAAUUGAUUGAAGCGUAUUCAGAAAUACAAUGUUUUAAGUAUAUGGCCGUUCAAGAAUUGUUACCAAAAGUUUAUCAUCAGAUUACGAGUGAUGUUAAACACGAUCUUUCUCAACAUCAACAUUCGCUGAAAUCGCUGGCAUAACAUUCAUCUAUCAUUACGAAUUAUUAGUUCUAUGGUGCUGUGAUUGCAGUUCUCAUUUGAGCAAUCCGAACUCGUUUAUUUUGUAACAUAUUUUAUAGAGAGAAAAUUUCGGGCUACAGUAGGUGUACAAUAUAAAUUUCUAGGUAAAUUUAGGGUAGCGACAACUUUCGUCGGCAGGAUCCUGACCUGAUAUUGACGCAUGUUUUACCAUGAAAACUCAUUGUCCUUCAGUCGUGUUCUAGAUGAUGCGCUAUCAUUCCACUCUAGGCAAUGCUGUAGUAUCUAUCAUUCACUCUACAUGAAGUUGCACAAUUCAUUCUUUCUAGAUGAUGCAACUCGAUCAUUCCAUUUUAGAUGAUACCGCAGCAUCAUACCUCUCUAGAUGAUGUCAUGCUGUCAUUCUUCUCUAGACUCGCCAUAAUUCCUCGUAUAGAAGAACGUGUUCUCAUUGCUGCAAAGCAAUGAUCGUUGCAAAGAGUGCUUGACAAUCACUAACGUUUGAAGCAUAUCCUAUAGAACAUCCUGCUUCCGAGUGAAGUGAAAAGGACUGUCUAUAUCGUUGUACAUAAAUAAUAAUCCACGACGUAACAUUAAGUUUCAACAUUUGUUCUUCCAGUGCACGUGCGUUCUUUGACAUUGGGUGCAGUGGCGAUGAGGUGGUUGUAUGUGUAGUGUAAAAUAUGCCACAUGUAAACAAUUAAGCAUAUCAAUGCGAAGCCGAUUAAACAUAUCCAUAUGAAAUCGAUUGAACAUAUCCAUUGAAUCUCUGCAUGAUUAAUACAUAUGGUUUCGGGAAUCCUUUGGAGAAUUUAGCUUCUCAUGUGAAAUUCAUGCCAUCAUUUGCAUUUUGCUUUGGUGAAUAUUGCAACAAAAAAUUAAAAUUCAAUUUGAUAAAUUAUUAUUUCGCGUUAAUAGUAAAAUUAUCGUUACAAAUGUAUUUUUACGAAUGCAAUCCCGAUCAAAUUUUGUUACUCUUCGGGAGCGAAUCAGAGCAACUAUGACAGUGAACAAUGAUGAUUACCCGAUUGGUUAUGGGUGAGUUAUAGUUAAGUACACAAACUAACGUGUCAGUUCUUGGAGAUAUGAAUGUUAAUUUUACGUCGAAUUACCGCGAAAUCAUUGGGUACGAUAUAAUGAAUCUCCCACUACCCCGUCCCCAGAGUGUAAUGGACAAAGUAAGGCACUGAAGGUUCCUCUCACUCUUUAGAUUGUUGCAGGUAAUCGAUGAUGAGAACAGCCAGGAGUGAGUGUCAUAUCAAUUAAAGGGCUCAGGAAAUUACGGAACUUCGACCGCUAGUCCUAAUUUAUGUUCGUUUUCAGAUUUCGCUGAAUAUGACUCGCGUCAGCUAAAUGACGUUCUGCUUGACAUGCCUUGCGACCUAACGAAGUUAUAUAAACUUUUGUUGUUAUUCAUUGAUUGAUAACGCGUGUUAUGUUGUUACAUGGACAUAAAAAAUUUCUUCAAUGUUAUUCAGCAAAGUCAAUCUUGACAAAUCCCGUAAAUAUUUUCCGCAAGUUGACUAGGUCGAUAUUUACUUUCAAAAUAAAUCUAAUUUUUCAGUCUAUGGUUGCACUCUAAUUUUUCAGUACACUUAUCCUAAAUUUGUAAUUUAUACUUUUAUAUACAUUUGCUCAUGUUCUUAAAUGCCAGUAAGUAGCUUGAGUUCCAUAUUAGGUUGGCAUAAAUUAAUUAGCACCUUAAGUGGGUAUUUAAACAUUCUUAAAUGAUUUUGCUUUGCACGCAAUUUCCUGCACGUAAAUGUCCCGCCAAAUCAGAUACUAAACUUGAAGGCAUUACAUUUCACCAAAUCAGAAAAAGAUCUGUCGGGUAGCCAAUUUAUUAUAAAUAAGAAACACGCUAAUGGCUAUGGCCUUUAAAUUCAGUGAACCGCAAUGUAUAGCAGCAGGCGAGUAAAACAGCGACUAUUCCAUUACAUGAGCGACUAGCGGGUUUGCUUAGUGAAUUAACCUGUGUUUAAUCUGUGUUUAAGAAGCUUUAAACUUAACCCUCUUCGUAAUAACUCAUAAAACCUCGAACUUUGAUAAGGAUCAAAAUAAGUGUAUCGUACGAGUGCAAAAUCGCAAAUCGGCAAAGUGAUCUAAAAGCAUGAAAAAUCUUUCGAGCGAAGGGAUAUUUUCGUAUAGAAAUAUUUAUUUUCUUGUGUUGCGUCGUUCACCAAAUCGAGUCUUCACUCAAGUCUUGCUCAUUGCAAUUAAUUUUCAAUGGUACAAAAGCUUGAACAAUAAUUCUGAUGCUGCGAAUAUAUUACGAUAAAAAAAGGUAUGAUUACGACGAUGUUAUCCAUAAAUUUGUUCAUGUCAGAAAAAUCUAUUUAUCGUAACUGAUUAAUUCCAAUUCAGUAGUGUUUAUUUUCAAUCGUUACCUCCAAUAGGAAAUUAUCAAAAUAGACAAUUUGAGUCAUGUAGCUUAUUGCGUGCGACAUUGGAAUGAAGAUAAAACAAUGAUGGCACAUAACGUGACCUGAGCCGAAAAAUUGGUUGUAAUCAUUUCCGUUCCUUUUAUGUUUAAUAUGAUAAAAAUUGCAUUGGUUCGGGUGAUAAAUAACGUUUAACGUUCAGAACAAAGAACAAUUCAUGUCAUAUAACGUUAGAAUUUCACCGAAAACGUAAAAUUAGACGUUAUCUGUGAAACACACGAAAAGUGUUUUAGGUCGGAUGUAAAGAUGCUGGUUGCCCCACCUAAAUUUUCUGACUGAAUUCCUACAUGAAUCACCCAGUUGUAAAGAAAAUUUUCAAAAAUUUACACGUGGGAUCAAUUUGGCAAUUACUUUUUCUCACAGAAAAAUAAAUUCUUAUCAACUUCCCACAAAAAAUAAUUAUAAUAAUAAUAAAAUCGGAAUUGAGCUUACUACUAUGGAAAGAUUAUCGCCGGAACGUUUCCAAAAUUUUCCACAAGUAUACCAUUACACACAUCAAUAAUAGAUGUUAAACACAAGAUGAGUAUUACUACUGAAAUUUAACGGAAACAGCUGGUUUCCCUAAAUUUAAACAAAUUUUUAUUUCGUAUUCCAGCAACGCGAAGCAAACGAAACUGUAGUGAUUGAGGGAGCGUUUAUUCUGAAUUAUUCAUAUAUCAGAAAUUCAUAUAAUAGAAUUCAUAGAAUUCAUAUUUUCCUCUCGCGAUAACAACAAAAAUUUAAAACUUUUUGAUAACAGACAUUCAUCUAAAUCGACGUUUCUCAAUAACUACUUGGACUUUUGUGAAGUCUAAUUGAGGAUAAACUAUGUUAAAUAUUACGCUAAAUGUUCGCUCAUUUGUAUACUUUUAAUGUAGAAGAAGAACCACUAUUAUUAUUCUAUUACUUACCUGAAAUUAAUGUAGCGUGUAUACUUCCUCAUACGGCACACGUACGGAAAAAUCAUGAAUAAAUG